CAGGUCCUUUGAUUUCAUGCUUUCAUGUUCUGUUACAACAGCUAAAAUGUGUUUUGUUGUACAUAUUUGGACAGUGUGUCUGCUGACUGGUUGGUUUCUGCUGCCAUGGAGGGUAAUCAGAGUGGUUUGGCUGGAAGCACACAGCCAUCUGUGUCAGGAGAGCACACAGAUGGACACAUAUACGAGGUGGCCGUGCAGAACAACUCCUCCAACCGCAGCUCCCAGUUUGCAGAUGUGGCUCUGCUGCAGACGUUCAAGCCCCUCAUCAUACCCUGCUAUGUGCUUGUCGUGGUGGUGGGUGUCUUUGGGAAUUACUUGCUCCUGUACGUCAUCUGCCGCACACGCAAGAUGCACAAUGUGACCAACUUCUUCAUUGGAAACCUGGCCUUCUCUGACAUGCUCAUGUGUGUGACCUGUGUACCGUUCACUCUCGCCUAUGCCUUCAACCCGCGUGGUUGGGUUUUUGGACGCUCCAUGUGCUAUACGGUGUUCCUCAUCCAGCCUGUCACAGUCUAUGUCUCAGUUUUCACACUUACUGCAAUUGCUGUGGACAGGUAUUACGCAACAGUUCAUCCCCUGAAGAAGCGUACCUCUGUGGCCACCUGUGCCUCCAUCCUGAUAGGCAUCUGGCUGCUGUCCUGCGGGCUCGUAGCUCCAGCCAUCACCCACACCUACCAUGUGGAGUUCAAAGAUGAAGGCUUCACCAUUUGCGAGGAGUUCUGGUUUGAUCAAGAGAAAGAAAGGCGUGUUUACGCGUACAGCACCCUGCUGGUCACGUAUGUCUUGCCACUGUCGGCUGUCUUUGUCUCUUACCUCUGUAUCACCGUCAAACUGAAGAAGUGUGUUGCACCAGGAAACAGGACCAAAGACCAAGCAGGGGUUCAACAAGCUCGUAAGAGGAAGAUAUUCCGCCUUGUGGCACUGUUGGUGACUGCGUUCGCAGUGUGUUGGCUUCCCAUUCAUGUGUUCAACGUGCUGCGAGACGUAGACAUUCACCUCAUUAACAAGCGCUACUUCUUACUGAUUCAGCUGCUCUGCCACCUGUGUGCCAUGAGCUCCUCAUGCUGUAACCCUUUCCUCUACGCAUGGUUACAUGAUCGUUUUCGUGCAGAGUUACGAAAGAUGUUUAAGUGCCAUCAUCGCAUAGGAGCGCCUGCAAAUCACUGUGCUGCCGGGGUUGCGCUGUAAUUAUGUAGUAAAUACUAUUAUGUAGUAGAUGCUUGUACUUUUCUACUUUAGAUUGAUGAUUCAUAUUCAGUACUUUCACCAAGUGCAAGUGGAAGAACUAGUGUGUCAUCAAAGAUUGGAGUUGAUCCAGAAGCUUUUAGGGCAGUCCAUUGAGUAUACAAAGCAUUGAACUGUAUUGGCUCUUUAAGAGAUGUUAUUCUGUUCAAUUAAAUGAUCUCCCUGUGAGAGUUCAAGAUAUAAUAUUAAAAUGUAGAAACUUCGGAUGUAACAGCUUCAAUCUACUCCAUCAUUUGGUCAGUGCAACCACAAGUGUCUAUCCUCUCUGGACCAUUAAUGUCCACUGAUGUUUUUGCCAUCAAGCCUACGUAUCAUUUGUAAAAACGUAAUCUUUUUUAGCUACUGCAUGGGAAAAGUCUGAUAGAUUCUCCAAACAGGAAAUGCUUCAUCCUCUGGGGAGCAUUAGCAUUCAAAGUAAAAUUCAUGACAAUCUUAAUUCAGGUUUCAGAUACUCUUGGUGUUGAAGGUGUUACUGUAUAAAAUGCCAGGGGUUUGAAGAGCAACAUUUUGAACUAAUCUCUGAGGACUGUGAAUAUCAGCAGCAGAUUGUAUAAAUAUAAAUAUAACAUCAUUACAUUUGUAGAUGCUAGGGCUCUGUCAAAAUGUAAGUGAAUAUUUUCUAAAAACGUAGUUUUUUUCUCUGCGUUUUGACCUCAAGUCAAACAGUUUUAGGUCACGAAAAACAGAGGAGGAGAUUUUUUCUGAAAAAACACUGUUUUGUCGUAUUCCUGCGGACAGCAAAAAUGAAUGUUUUGGGAAAUCCUGAUAUCAUCCCCUGAACUUGAGCAUGGUAAUCAUUGCUUAUAAGUAUUGUGCUAAGAUGGCAGGCUACCAGUUAGUUUACAUCUGUUAUGAUUGGUUUAAUUGCAUGUAUUCGUCAUUAAUAGCUAUUAAUUCACCACUCUUUACAUAGUUAAAAGAAUGCUGUUUACAGUUGAUGCUCGCUCGAGAAGACGCUCAAUAUGCUUGGGCACAAUGUUCAUCUGUGGUGUGUGAUUUUUUCAACUGUUGUAAGUAUUGUUGUGGGGCCCGAGAAAUAACUGAAAACACUUUUCAUGUGGACAGGGUUUUUUUUAACUCUGAGAAAAAAAAUCUGUAUCUAAAAAGUAUCAGUAUUGUGGACAUAGCUUAGCCGUGGAACACAGCCACUAUAUAUGUCAUGCUAUUGCUGUGAUCGUAAUAGGUUUGAAAGAGGGUCAAGGUCUUUGGGAUCAUGCUCUGAAAACCAUGAAAAUGCCAAACUCCUUGGUCAUCGCUUGGGUGGGAGUCUUUCUCAGGAACAAAGUGUUGGAUUAACAGAUGGUAAGAACGACAAAGUCUGCCCAUAGUUGGGAAACUGUGCUACUCCUAGGGUCAUUACAAUCUAGUUAAAAAAAAUUACUUUUCAAAAAAAUAAUGUUUCACUGUUUGGUGUCAUUUCAACAUUGUCAAAGUAUGAUAGUUGAAAGUGAGUUAAAUGCUUGUGAAUAAGACAUAUUGUUCAAAAAGCUGCCUUUUAUAAAAAGAUAACAGAGUUUAAAAACAUUUGUAGUAAGUAGAUAAUGACCUUUUAAUACAGAAGAGAUUUCUUAAGGAUGAAGCUCUCCUCUAAAAGAAGAAUUAAAAGCAUUUAAGUUGUGCUCAAUGAACAAAGUCCAGCUAUGUGGACAUAAGAGGGAAGGAGAAUUGAAAAUUAAAACUGUGUUUGGAUAAAAUCAUUGCAGACAAGGUUGAGCGUUUAUGUCAGAGCUCACGCACGAGUCGUUCCUUCUUUGAGCCCUUUAGAGCAAAUUAAAUUCUUGAACUUUGUCCCCCCCGGCUUUCAUUUUCUGAAAGCGUAGAGCUGAUGAAUAUGCACCUUUAAUUACAAGUUAUUAAAUUAUUUCUGUUAGCGUUGCAAAAUGUCUGUAAAAAAAAAAAACCUCUACAGCUCGAUGCUUUACUCUGUGUUGCAAUCUCUUUAUUAUUAUUAUUUUUGUUCAGACUUUGAAGACAGGAGAUUUAAAUAUAGUGUCAUACAGUGCUAAAAUCAAUGUCUUUAACUGAUGUCUACAGUUCAACCAAUGUUGGCUUUGCAUUACAGUUAUUAUUACACCUGUGCUGUAUUCCUUGUAUGCAAAUUGUCUCUUUUGUGAAGGCAGAUGGGACAGAUUUAUCUUCGCAGCAGCUUAAGCUCACCGAAAACAAUAAGUUUGAAAUGCUUCAUUUAUCUACGUAUGUGCCUCUAUUUUUGCUCUGAUCAACAUUUUCUUGUACAACAGACUCAGUUAUACAUACUAACCCUUGGGUGCUCACUGUAAAUAAUGAACUCUUACUUAAUGCCAAGAUCUCUUUGUAUAUGACGUACAUGAUAUUUGGUGUGACAUGCAAAAAAGAUAUCAUUUGUAGCUUUACUUGCAAAACACUGUGAAAACGUGUGAAUAAACACAAAGAUCUAA